AUGCAAUUUUCAUCAACUUUAAUUACUUUAUCAUCUAUUUUCAUUGCAGUUAAUGCUGCUGAUGUUACUUCAAGUGUUGCUAGUAAAGCUACAAGUGCUGUUUCAUCAGCUGUUGGUUCAAAAACUUCAUCAUUAGCAUCAUCAGUCUCUUCAAAAGGUGCUUCAGCAGUUGGAAAAUCAGAUUCAUCAUCAUCAUCCGGUUCAUCUUCAUCAAGAUCAUCAAGCUCAUCAGGUUCAUCAGGUUCAUCUUCAACUGGUGGUGCUGCUAAUGUUGGUUACAUGGGUGCUGGUGGUGUUGCUGCUGUUGCUGGUUUAUUGUUAUUAUGA